CCUCAAUUCACAGGAUACAUAAGGACUAAUCAAACAUUGAACCAGUCUCUAUCAGUUGCAGCAAUCAAUGACAUACACAAAAUAAUUGCUCCAAGAGCUAUUCGCUAUGGAUGAAAAUGAAGAUAAAGCACGGUGGAGACCAGAAUCCUCUCAUGGGUACGUUCAUCUGCUGUCUGCUGGCCGGUCCCAGUGGUACCUGUGUGCAGCACUGUGUGUUACCCUCACUCUCUCCUUGUCUCUGCUCAUCCUGAUGCCAAGUCGGUUUGGUAGUCUGGAGAUGAAGUUAUCUGAUUUGAAGAGAUCAGUAUUAAAUAUGACAGAACGUGUGUCCUUUCACUCAUCAAAACUACCGAAUAAAGUGGGCUGUCCUGAUGGCUGGAAUCUUCACAACUCCAGCUGCUACUUCUUCUCGGUUUACCCGGCUUCAUGGUACACAGCCCGAGACGCCUGUAGGUCUAUGGAUGCCACACUGCUCAUCCUAACUGACGAAGAAGAGUGGGUCUUUGUAAACAGAAUGAGUGUUGGUCGCCCCUUUUGGCUUGGCCUGUCAGAUGAGAGGACUGGAGAGUGGGAGUGGGUCAACGAGAGUCCUUACAUCAUGAACCGGAGUAAAUGGAUGCCAGGCCAACCUGAUAACUGGGCGGGGCAUUCUAUAGGGGGCACAGAGGACUGUGCCCAUAUCACAUCUGGGAAACUCAAUGACAACCACUGCACCGUUGCCUAUACAUUCAUCUGCAAAGCCAGACCAGCACCCAACUAAUAAAGCUAAACAUUUCUAGGCUUUAUGAUUAUAAAUAUAACUAACAGGAUUGGCUUGAAUUAAGCAAGUCCUGUUUUCUAUUUGAUUGUCACGUUUGUUGAUUUUUGCAUGCCAAAUAUGUGGUUUGCUGUAUUCCUGAUCUAAUACACCCAUAUAAAAAAUAUAUAUAUUUGUAAA